UGUAAGCCACAUAAGAUGUACUUACCUGUACUUACCGUAUACAUGUACACUAGAAUAAUAACAUUUCCAAGACGCCGCUGUCGACAGUAGCUUCCUUCCCAUCCCAAGCCCGCUUACCUAUUAGCGUACCCCGCAUACCUAGAGAGGAGGUGCAUAGUAGCUUCGCAUAACCAAAUCAGGCAAUUGACCCCUCCACCGAACGGCCGCUUAUCCCUCAGAUUGCAAGCUUGUACCUUGGAGUGCGUCAUGCCUCGGGUCGUCCCACGAUUGAGUUGGUGCUGCAGAAGCAUAUGAUCGCUGCCAGCUAUAGAAAUACAUACCUCUUUGGGAUUAAUUCAACUGGCCAGGUCGUAGAACGUGAGCUAUUUGUUUUCUGUUUUUCUUGUUCCUGGUUGUGAUACCUUCGAUACGAUUUUUGAGCUUCGACGUCGUACGAGUUAUACCGCCUAGCCUAGCCUAUCUAGUUAGCUAACUUUUAUAUACCCAAGCUUCCUCUUGAAUUUAUUUUUUCAUCUUUAGUCCUAGACGCAGCUCCCUGAGACAUUAAACGCCAUGGCAGCUCCGGCAUCCAAGACAAUUGGCGAUCUGAACGGGAAGUGGGUUCUGAACAAAACCCUCUCCGACCCCGUCGACCCAGCCCUCUCCCUCCAAGGCGUAAGCUGGCUCGUGCGCAAAGCCAUCGGCGCCGCCACCGUAACCCUCGCAACGAAGCAAUACCAAGGCGCCGCCACGCCCCCCAACACCACCAGCACCGAGCUCGUAACCCGCAUCGACAUCCAGCAGAUCGCCACCGCCGGCGUCAAGGGCACCGCCGAGAACCGGUGUCUGGACUACGAGUUCCGCGAGCACAGCGACUGGCUGUUCGGCCGCGUGCGCGGGCGGAGCCGCUGGAUCGGCUCGGAGGAAUUAGCUGCGCACGUGGGGCCCGACGGGGAGGCGCGCAAGACGGGGGUUGUGGAGGAUGAUUUCGCGGCGAGGGAUUGGCUUGAGGGGGAGGAGGAGAAGGGCGGGCCGCUGGGCGAGACGCAUAUCUUGAAUCAUGUCGAGAGUUUGGAUGCGGGGUGGACGGCGCUGCAGGUCUGGGGGUUCCAGAAUGUGGGUGGUGAGAGGAGGUAUGUACGGAAUGUAGUCGUGGCGAAGGACGGCACGUUUGUCAACUUUAAGAUGGUGUAUGACUGGGUCCCCGAGUAGUGUGCUGCAUCAUUGAGAGUUUCUCGGGUGUGAAGCACUCACUCUUCAUCUAGCCGUGAGUUGGGGCGAGCUACUCGAGCGAGUGAUAUUUAAGGGAGUAAAUAUGAA